CUUUCUCGUAACCUACAAAUUAACUCCAGCUCGACACAAAAGUGAUUAAAAAAAAUUAUUUACAAAUUUUAUAAACACCUAUUUAUAAAAAAAAUAAAACUUGCAUCAUAAUCAACUUCAGAGAAAUGUUCAAGACACUGGAGACCUUUGACACGGAGUUUUCAGCUGAUUCUGUUGAAUGGUGUCCCAUAGAAGGCUUCCGGGACUUGUUUGUCUGCGGGACUUAUCAAUUGUUCCCCGACGAAGAGGGCACGGGGACUAAAUCUGGCCAGAAACGACUGGGGAUAAUUUUUCUGUUUAAAGUAGAGUCGGAAAAAUUGAAGCUGCUCCAAAAAUUGGACGUUCCAGCAGUCUUGGAUAUGAAGUGGGCUCACAAAAAGUGUCAAGGAGAUAUUUUACUGGGAGUAGUAAACUCAAUUGGAUUUUUGCAGGUAUUUAAGCUCAAGGUAGACGAAUUGGAGAUCGAUCUGCUAACAGAGACUCGGGUUUGUGAAGAUGGCCUCGCAUUGAGCUUAGAUUGGAGCACUGGUGGAGUCCAGAAUGAUAGUACAGAUGUAAAAAUAGCUGUCAGUGACUCAAAAGGACGUGUCUCACUUUUUGGAGUCAGUCAAGGAAAGCUUGACUGUCUCUCGAGCCAAGAUGCUCAUGAAUUUGAAGCUUGGAUCACCGCGUUUGAUUAUUGGAACACUGAUGUUGUUUAUUCCGGAGGCGAUGAUUGUCAGUUCAAAAGAUUUGAUGCAAGAGAAGGACUGCAAGUGAUUGGAACCAACAGAAGCCACGAAGCAGGUGUCACAAGCUUGCAUUCUAAUCCAAGAAAAGAAUUCUCCCUGGCUUCUGGAAGUUACGAUGAAACGCUGAGGCUUUGGGAUACUAGAAAUUUUCGGAGACCGGUAUCGGAAACUAAACUAGGAGGCGGAAUCUGGAGAUUGAAAUGGGACCCGUUAGAAUUUAGAUAUUUGCUGGCCGCUUGUAUGUACGGUGGAUUUAGAAUCGUGGAUUGCCAAAAUAUAGAUGAUCCUCAGGUGAUUGCUGAGUACUUGGAACAUAAAAGUAUCGCUUACGGGUGCGACUGGUGUGCUUUAGUAGUUGAAGAAGCUAAAAAUUGUUCUUCUCAAGAUUAUCAUCAGCUUGUUGCAACUUGUUCAUUUUAUGAUAAAAUGUUAAAAUUGUCGUCAGUUAAAUAUAAAAAUUACUGAUUGGUUAUUUAAUUUA